AUGAGGGUGGAGAAGCUGACCGCGGCGCUCAACAAUCUCAGCCUCAAGGCCGACACCGCGACCUACGCAUCGCUGCUCCGCCAAUGCCGCGACUCGCAAGCGCUUAUCGAAGGCAAGAUGGCACACACGCACAUCGCCAAGAACGGGUACGGGAACGACACCUACAUCGCCAAUCUCUUGAUCGAGAUGUACGGUGCGUGCCGCCGGCUGGAUCUGGCGGGCUCCGUGUUCGACGGCAUGAUCCACCGCAAUGUCUACACCUGGAACAUCAUGUUUGCAGCAAAUGCCCAAAACGGGCAUUUGCAUCGAGCGAAAUGGCUGUUUGACACGAUGCCGGAGAGAGACUCUGUCUCGUGGAGUGCAGUCUUACACAUGUACGAGCAGAACUUUUGCAUGGCCGAAACGCUCCGAGUGUUUCAGAUGAUCCCUCGGCCUGAUGUUAUUGCUUGGACUGUUUUGAUUGCAGCAUUUGCCAAAAAGGGGCAUUUGCUGGAGGCUCAGAGGCUGUUUGACGAGCUUGAUUGUCCAAACACCGUCACCUGGAACGUGAUGAUCCAGGCGUACGCACAAAGAGGAGACCUCGACCGCGCAAGCGAGCUUGUCACCCGGAUGCCGUCUCCGGAUGUUGUAUCCUGGACUGCCAUCGUAACUGCAAAUGCCUACCACGGCAAUCUCUCCCGAGCGCGUCGUCUCUUCGAUGCAAUGCCGCAGCAAAGCAUCGUUUCUUGGAACGCAAUUGUGCAAUCACACGCACUCCACGGAGAGAUGGAAGAAGCGCACAAUCUCUUCGACGAGAUGCCAAGGCGGAACGUAGUGUCCUGGACGAGCAUGGUCGCAUCGUAUGCCAAAAACGGGUAUUUGCAUGACGCGAGGAGCAUGUUUGAUUUGAUGCCGGAGCAGGACACUGCGUCUUGGAACGCAAUCUUAGACGCUUACGGCGAUUGCGGUGAUGUUGCGGAGGCUAAGAAGAUCUUCGUUUCCGCCCCGGAGAGAAACGUCGUGUCGUGGACGGCGCUCAUCAAAGCAUUUGCUGCGAGUUUGGAUCCAGAGGACGCUGCGACAGCUCUGCAACUCCCCGUGAUCAUGGAUCUCGAGGGUGUUGCACCGGACGAAGUGACAUUCAUCGCGGCAAUCGAUGCGUGCGCCGGGCUCGCAGCGCUGGCCGAGGGGCGGCGAUUCCACGCUGCGAUCCGGGACGAGGAGCUGGAGGAGCACUUCAUAGUCGGGACCUCGAUCGUCGGGAUGUACGGGAAGUGUGGUCGAGUGGAAGAGGCGCGCGCGGUGUUUGAUCGGAUGCCCGUGAGGAACGACGCGGCCUGGAACUCGAUCAUGCUCGCGUAUGCGCAGAACGAUCGCCCAUCCAUCUCGAUCGACCUCUUCCUCGCGAUGCUGCUGGAUGGAACGAAACCGGAUGGGAUCACCAUGGUGACUGUUCUCUUUGCGUGCAGCCACGCCGGUCUGAUCGAUCCGGCGCGGGUGUUUUUCCUGGCGCUCGCGGCCGGGGAGUUCUCGGGCUUGGAUCAUCCAUGCCUUGAUCACUACGUUUGCAUGGUGGAUUUGUUCGCUAGAGCUGGAGAGAUCAAGCGUGCUUGGGAGAUAUUUGGGUGUAUGCCGUUCGAGCCGGACGAGUUGGCCUGGACUACAGUGGCGAGCGCCGUCAAGAGGAACGCGGGUGUCAACACGAGCGAGAUUUUUCCAUCCUCGAUCUUCAAACGAGCUAAGGCACUGAGAACUUCCUGA